GCUCCGGCUAUAUUUGGGGGGAGAAUCUGCCCCUCACUGGGGGAAGGAUUUGGAUGGCAUUUCACCCUCCCAUGGGGUAAUGGGGGCCUGUGCCCCCUACGCUGUAUUCUGGGGGGUGCAGUGGGGUUAUUUUACCCCUCGGGGUGUGUCUGGGGGUAUUUGUCCCAUAGUGCAUUUGAGGGAGGGGCUAAUGGGUUUUUGGCCCCCUGGUGCACGGCGGGGCCGAGGGGAUAUUUACCGUCUACUCCUCCUCUGAACCUAACUUCGUUCUACGAAAUGUUUUGCCCGGGUCGGAUCCAAUCAGGAGCCCGGGGCCUUUGGCCCCGCCCCCACGUGACUCUUUCAAAACCAGCCCCUUUGUUUGAGCUGCUGUGUAUGUACUGAAAGUCCCUGGCAAGAGGAGCCGGUGGCGGCUUCUGGGGGGUGCCUCUGUACGUCCAACUCCCCCAUGGUGCGGGCAACUUAUCGUCCCCCCAGCCUCCUCCCGAUGCAUGCGAUUUACCAGCACUCCUGCUGCCGGUGGAUGUAAUUUACUCUCCCACCCAUCCUGCCCACUGCAUGCAAUUUACCCCCCUCCCGGCAUUCUGCUCCUGCUUGCGGUGCACACUUCCCUCUGCAGCUGCUGUACCCGGUGAGUCCUGGUUGCUGCACCUUCUUCCUCGCCCAGUCGAUCCUGCCUCUGGUGCAUACACUGCCCCCAGUUCUAUUUUUUUCCUACCCCCGGUGUAUGUACCUCCCCAGGAGCUGUGUCCCUAGCCCCUUCCCCGGUGCAAGCCCCCACCCUCGCUGAUCGGUGCCGCUUGCCCCGGCGGUCCUCAUGGCCCGCAGAGCUGUGCUGCCCUCCCUCUGGUCCGGGAGCGACCGAGUGCGGAUCGGGGAGCGGCUUCAGGCCAGCCUCGCCGGGAUCCUGGAGUUGGGGCUGCUGAGAGAGACGCAGAAGGGAACCGUGGAAAGCGCCCUAGGCAUCGGGGAGCCCGCGGGGACUGUCCCAGGGGGGCAGCGACAGGGUCCAAUAAAACCUGAGCCAGCCCCUCCUCUUGGGGGGAAGCCACUGGGCCCCCCAGCUCCACGUCAGCCAGGAUACAGAUCUGCAAACAUCUCUGGGCAGGGAUGGGGCAGCCUGGGGGCUAAGGAACCACUGCCCCCAGCUAAGCUGGACCGGAGCAAGUCUGAGGACCUGCUGGGCAUCCCUGAGAAGCCAUGUAUCUCCUACUGCUCCUCCGAGAGCAUUGACGUGGGGCACCAGGCCGGGAACAGGGACAGCAGAACGCCAGCGACGAGCCUGGCCUUGAGAACCGCUGGCUCCAGCGAGCAGUUGCUGCUCCCCAAGAGGCCCAGGGCACAGGCAGAGCCUAGCUUCACUGCACCAGAGACCUCAGAGGCCGACUCCAGGCCCAGCUCAGGGUUCUACGAGACCAGCGAGAUGGGCUCCCUGUCCGACUCCUCCACGUCCAUGCACAGCGAGUGCCCGGGGGGCUCGCACUGCAGCGUCGGUUCCCUCUCCCACCUCCCAGGCCUACGAGACAGUGGCUGUUCACGGCCACGCUCCACCGACGAGGCCACCGUCCGGCUUCUCGACCUCCGACUGCAACGGGUAAUGGCACCCAAUGCUCCCAGCAGUCCCCAUGCUGCUGCCAGGAGACCAGUCUCAACAGGGGACCUGGAGUUCCUGCUGAGCCUGGGUGAGCUCUCUCCAGCCUUCCCUCCGAGCUUGCAGCUCCUGCAGUACAAGUGCGACCUGGUGUCCCGCAGCACCAGCGAGAUCUACCACUACCCCAGCCCGCUGCAUGCCGUGGCCUUGCAGAGCCCACUCUUUACCAGCGGCCUGUCCCGGGGCCCGUCCCAGGAGGACCUCAGCGAGCGGACAGCCAUCCCCACUGUGCAGGAGGGCUCUUCCCGGAGUGGGACAGCCCCCUCCGAGGAGCAGCGCCAGGUCCAGCUGGACCGUUAUAUCGCCAAGCUGGUGCUGAGGUACAGGUGUCGAUCGGCGGCUAGCCGCACAGAGCCUGGCUACCUGGUAGGGCACCAGAAGAGCCAGUCCAUGUCAUCGGUCUGUGGCUCCCCGCUGGGAGCUGGGCCGCUCCCCGGCUGGAAAAUCCGCAGGCGCAUUUCUACCUGCUCCCACCUCCGCUCUCCAGAGGGGCCUGACAGCUCCCAGGCCCUGGAUGGCCCAGGAGGCCGGGGCUCCACUGCCUCCUCUGUGGGGUCCAGCGAGCGAUCAAUGGGGUUGCUCCUGGAGCAACUCUCACUGUGCCGGGAGCAGCCAGAGGGAGCCGGCUGGGCUGAGGCCUCGUCCUGUCGUCCCCAUGUGGUCAGGGUCAAGGCCUCCUCCAGGAAGGCCCUUGGCACUGAGCGAGAGCGGCUGUACAAGGGCAAGCAUGCCUCGCGGGAGUUGGUGAAGGCAGGCGAGGGUGCAGAGCGCAGCUGGCUCAGCCCGCGGGAGCUGCUUCGCAGGAUCAGCCUCCGGCGCAGGCCAGCUCUCCGGGCAGAGGGCGGGAGCCGCUGCAGCUCAGAGGUGAACGUCCGCACGCCGAGGCCUGUGUAUCGCUGCAGCUCCCAGCGCUGCCUGGAGCCCCCAGGGAGACAGAAGUGGGCAUCCGUCCUGGAGAUCUCCAGCCAGGCCCUGGGGAGGCCGAAAGCCGAGCCCUUCCCCCCACCAAGCCGCCAGCUGGCCUUCUCCACAGACUCCUGCUUCCCUGAUGGCAGCCAGCUGGAGCUGCAGCCACAGCGGGCUGAGGGCAGCAGUGCCUCCAGCCUCAGUGAGGUAGAUGCUGUCAGCCUGAAUGGGGAUUGGCGACUGCGGCAACUAGGCCCACCCAGGGCCUGCCCGCUCCAUGCCUCUGCCACACUGGAUUCCAGCAACAUGGCCAUGGCCAGCUUCAAACUACACAGGACUCGCUCCUUCAAGGAGCUGAAGAGGAUGGUGAGCCGUUCCCUCAGGCCUCUGGCUCCCAAGGCCAGCGGAGCCUCCAAGUGACCUCCUCUAGCUGCAGGCUGCUCCCAAAAGCCAUGUGGCAAAAACCCCAGUUAGCCCCAUCCUUUGGAGGGGGACCCCGUUUACUGGGACUGCAAGCUCUGCCUGCCUCCUCCCCAUGGAAUCUUCACCGUCCCCUCUUCAUGUCUCUUCUCUGUGGAAUUGGCAGGGCCUGGUGCUUCACCCACCCUGAUCGCCAACAAGUUGCAGAGGCGAUUUAGAAUCAGCCCCUGCCCUAACGCUGGCAGAACUGCAGUGACAAGGCUGGCACAGGGGCACCCUCUCCCUACAAUAUGGACAGGCCAGAGCAGCCUUCUCCCUGAGAGGCAGGGAGCUUGAAAUGGCCCCCCAACUUCUACGGGUGGGAGGGGGCAGGAGCCACACUGGGCUCUAAGGACUGUAUCUGGGCCCCUAGUGUGGGCUUGAAAUCAAAUGUUCAUCAGGUACCAUGGGCCCCUGCGUCUCCCAUAACCUAGGUGUGUCUGGGUGCUGUUGUCUGCCCAGCUGCGGCGGGCAGGUGCUCUGUGUAGGCGGGUCUGCCCAGCUUGGCUGCACCAAGGAGCCUCAUUGCUGGUGUCAAUUCUAAGUGGGGGAAAAAAAAAUAAAAAACAAAUGUGAAGGAUUUGGAGGGUGUUUUAGAACCGGGGGGGGGAAGGUGUCUGCUGGACUGGGAAGGGCAGGACCUCAUUGCCCCCUGCAGUGCCCCACUCCAGUGUUAAAUGCUGGCCAAGGCGGCAGCGGGCUCGCUCGCGCUCUCUCUCUGUGCAUAGGCUGUUUUAUGAGCAUGGGUGCUCACAUGCAACCCUUCCCUGCCUGUUACAGCCAAGCCCUGUAUUUCAUUAGCUGCUGUGGCCUUAGCCUGGGCUGGGGGUGCAACCCAGUCGGCUGUUGACAAAAUCCCUGUGCACUCCCUAUCUUAAUGCCCCCAUCUUACUGGAGGAGAGAGGAUAGGAUCCUUGCUGUUGUUGGGAGGACUUACCCUAAGGGCAGCAUUUAGAAUAAGUCCAGGCAGUACCUGUGUAAUGACAGCUGGGGGCUGUGAACGGGUCCCCCUGCUCUAUUUCAUGCUGCUGCUGCUUGUUAGAUGCUACUCGUAUUAACCCCAUGCCAGCUGCCUCCAUGCUAAUAACUCCCCCUCAGAGCCCAGCACUUGUCCCUGAAGCUGGGAGCAACCCCCAGCUGGAAGGUGCUUCUCUAGGUGAAAUUCAGUAGCCUCAGCCUGUGCAUCACAUGGGGUUUACCAGGUGUGUGGGCCCAGGGGCUGGCCUGCACAGGAGAGAUCUUCCACUGCUUUCUCACAGGCUCUCUGCACCCUGUGGCUUGGCCUUCCUGGCCCUUGCUUCAUCACUCCUGCUGGUGCCCUGUUGGCUUGUGCAUUAAUUCUGGGCCUAGGAGGGAGAGGAGAAAGACCCACCAACAGUAGUGCUGCCCUCCCUGAACCUCUCACCUGCCAUAUCCCUUUCUUGGGGAGGGGUUGGCUGUUGCUCUUGGAGAAAAGGGAAUAAGCAAGGGGGUAGUAAAGGGUUGGCCCGAUUACUGCGUGAGGUAGAGUCACAGACUGUUUAAGGCCACAGCAGGCAACUGGAUCAUCAGGCAUGAGGCACCAACUAGAGCAGUUCACUCAGUUCCCCCUGCAUUGAAUCCAAUACCUCUUGGGUUUGACUAAAGCAUCUUCCAGACAGGCCACCUGAGAGUCUGGAAACCUCAGGAGAUGGAGGAAUCUACUCCCUACUUGGGAGUUGUUCCAGUGGUAAAUCACCCUCCCUGGGAAAAAUGUGGCUCUUAAUCAAGUAACCUGUCUCUUUACUAAACAGAGCAAGCGCCAUCAGUUUCUCUGGGUUAGGCACCUCGCCCUCAAAUAGAGUCUGUGGCUCUUCCCUGCAUGCCGGCCAGGGCACUGCUCAAAAUGUGCAUCGCAAAACUGGAUGCAGGAUUCUGGGAUCAGUCUCCCCAAGGCCACAGCUAGGCAGCUUGUUGGGCAUAUAGAGGGGAGUGGGGCCUUUCUGAGAUAUUGUGUAAUGACCUACCGGGCUCUGCUACAGCUGCAAUACCUUCUCCAUUUCAUAGGGCUGCAGGGGCUGGAAAGAAGCAUCCACUUCUCCAGUCAGUUGUUAUCUUGCCCUGUUCUGCACCACACAGAGAAGAGAGAGAACUUGGCCCUGGCAUGAGCCAUGGCACCUGCUUCACAGUGGCACAGCCAGCAAGGGCAGGAGAGUCGCUUACCUGCUCAAGAAGGGAACUAGGGAUGUCCCAGGCUUGGAUUUGGCCAGGGCAGACUGAGCACAAUGAAUGCAAGGACUGGGCUGUGCAAUGACAGGUACAAUGCAGAGGCCUUGGCUACAUACAAACUGGUUGAACUAAAGUGCAGCAAGACCCUGGGUGGAGUGCUCUUGGCAGCUCCUAAUCUGCUUCAGCUGCACUGAAAUGAGUGUCCACAUGGAGCUCUUCAGCUGUUCAAGUGAACCUGUCUUCACUGGUGUUGCCCUCUGUGCAGACAGGCUCCCUGGGGGCCCUCCUCAGGCAUGGCCUACAAGCCUGGCAGAUCAAUGGGCCCAGCUGGCCUGAGACUCUAUGCCCCAUGGCAUAGUUUAUAAUGAGACUCCUUCCUCAGCUGCAACAACCCCCUCUCCCCCUGCCAGAGGGAUCGAUCUGGGCAGCAGCUUAGUUCCGCCACCCCCUCCUCCUCUGUCCCCCAUAUCCCAGGCUGCCACCCCCACUCUGGUCCUUGGGGUGCUCCUGGCCCAAGCCAUCUGCCCGGCCAUAGAUGGCACCCCAGUCGAGGCCACCAAGCCCCUCAGGGCGACAGCCAGUGCCAAGCAGCUAGGCCCUGAGCCUGGGGGCAUGCUCUCCACCUCCCAGGCGGAGCGGUUGCCCUCCCCUCUGGGGGGAGGGGCUGAAGAUUCCACCAUGCUGCACGGUCCACCGUGGCUGCAGGUGAUGCGCUUGCUGCGACGCCUGUGCCUGGUGUCAGUGAGGACCAGCCUCCUCAGCCCCAAACCGUGGUCAAGAGGUGCCGCACCCCUGUAGUUUGGGUGCCAGGGACCUUGGACCCAUUCUGUCCCCGUUCCCACCCCAGCCCCUGCUCAUAACCCUGCUCCUGUCCCCACUCCCACCCCAGCCCCUGAUCCUGGCCUUGUUUAAAACAAAACAAUCUUCCUGUAGUCCCUAGUGAUCUUCCUCAGGCAAUCCCACAGCCUUAUCUAGCCCCAGGAGCCCGGGCUGCAGGUUACUUGGCCAUGACCCCAGUCACAGCCUCACACCCCUGUGCUCUUAUCUCCCUGGGGCAGAUGCCAAGACGAGGGGUGGUGGGGCAGGUCCCUGCUCCUGGCUGGGCUGGAUCAGCUUGUCACCUGAGAAACCUGCACUUCCUACCCGCAGUGGAUCCCUGGCUCUUCCCUCCUGCCCCUCCGCCCUCGGGGGCUGACUCUAGCAGGCCAGGUCGGGGGAGGG